AGGGAAGGUUCUGAGCGGCGGACUCUGGUGUUCUCCUCGCCGCUUCCGGGCCGGUGCCAGUGGCAGUGGAACUUCCUGGCAGCACUCGGCAGGUCACACCUUCACCGUGCUCCUUCAGGGAAGCAAGAGCCCGAGCUCUCACCUCUGAGCUGUAGACGUCCUGAUUUGGUGUUGCCUUUGGGAGGAUGAAUCAGGACGGUGACUCAAGUGAUGAGACCACUGGCCAGGACCCACUGCUAUUGCUGAAAGCCCUUCAGCUCCUCUGGACAAAGAAAGAGAUGGAGAAGCAGCUCAAGGAAGAAAUCAGGCGGGGCUUCGCAGGACUGCGGGACCCAUUGGCAGGACUCCUGGACAUGCUGGAGGGCAGCGGUGAUUGGAAGAAGAAGGGGCAUUCCCUCGGGUAUUACAUCACCACGGAGCUGCAGCUUUGGAUAAAAGAGCAUCCUGCUGCUCAACAGUCUGACAUCAAGCUGAAGAAGCUGCAGGCCCGUGUGCUGAGUAUACUAGCCCAGUGCCCAGCUAAGCUUCUUGACCCUUUGAUUAGCAUUUACCAGCUCCAUACAGCAGACCGGAACUAUUUGCUUGGACAUGUCAGUCAUCUUUAUCACAAGGGCGAUUACAAAGAGGCAGCCAUACUGAGUAUUAAGCUAAAAUUGCAGCCAGAUCAAGAUGUGGAGAAGAUGUGCACGCCACUGCUGCUCCAAGAUAAAGCUAACUUGGUGGAAGAUUAUGUGGAAGAAUACCCUGAGCUCCAGAGCAAGCUCUUGCACAUCCUGGACACGUGGUGUGAACCCCGUUUUAACAUCAAAGACAUCACAAGACAGUACCAAGGCCUGUCCAGGUACAAGCCAGAGAAAUUUAACCGCAAAAUGCUAAGCAAGCUGGUCUUCAGGCUCCUAGAGCGGUUUAACGUUGAUCCAGCUCUCUGCCCUAAUGUCGUAAAUCAGCGGCACUUGAGAAGUCUGAAAUACCUCUUUUACAAGAGAUUUGUUGAGAAAACCAUGACUCAGGAGAACUGGGCAGAUCACGUCCAGAGCACAGUUGGAGAGAAUCAAUGGCUUCAAAGACACCUGAUACAGCUGCUCACCAGUUACUGUGAUCUGAACACAGCAGCAAGAUGGGCCCAACGCUGCAAUUUGCCCAAGGAGAUGCUACCUUGCAGAGUAGCUGAUGAGCUUCAAAAGCUUCAUAUCCAAGAGAGAGUUGAAGAAGCCACAAAAGCAGAUAAUUAUGAAGAGAGUAAGAAGAAAGACUAUUACCAAAUUCCCAUUCCACGGGCAAAUAUUCACUUCCUGCAGACAUGGGAAGAGAUGCUGCAGUGCUGGGAAAAGGUGCUGCGGCCUGAGCAGGUUGUUGGCAUUGACAUGGAGUCGAGGCCUUCUUUUGGCAUGGUUGGGAAGCCCCGUGUCUCCCUACUGCAGAUCGCUCUGAAGGAUGAGGUGUUCCUGCUUGACCUGCCUCGGCUCUUCCAGCAAGCUGAGGUGGAUGGUGAGAAGGAGAAGCUUCCCCAUUUCAUCCAAAUGCUCUAUUCAGAUGCAUCCAUCACUAAACUAGGUUAUGGGAUGUCUGGAGACCUUAGCAACCUUGCAGCCACGUGGUCUGCUUUGAAAGACACAGAUAAGAAAGCCCAAGGCGUGGUGGACCUACUCACAGUGGACAAACGACUGCAGAAGCGCUCCAUUGACUGGAAGAAGGGUGGCCGGGAGGUCGAUGUCCUGGCCCUGGAGCAGAGCGAUGAGGGCAGAGGAGUCAAGCAGCCAGAGAAAGGACUCAGCCUCUUGGUGCAAUAUGUGCUGGGGAAACCUCUAGAUAAAACAGAGCAACUUUCCAACUGGGAGAAACGGCCUCUCCGGGAGGAGCAGAUCCUCUAUGCAGCUUCAGAUGCUUACUGUUUGCUGGAGAUCUACGAGAAACUCUGUAAGGAUCCAGAGAGCUUUGGGCUGAACUCAGACCUGACAGAGAAUCUGGUGGGAAAGGAGAGCAUAAAACCCAAGGCACAGAAACAGCUGAAUAAACAAGAGGCACUGUCACCUUCUGGACAGCAAUGCCAAGGAUCCAGAACGGAUGUCCUACGUCACCUUGCUCCCAUCUCUCCAAAGGAGUUCAGUGUGGUCUGUGAUAACAUGCUGCAAGGCCUCGGGCGCUAUCUUCGCUGCCUUGGCGUGGAUGUCCAGAUGCUGGAGAAUGGCGAUGACCAUAGGAAGGCUGCUGAGAUUGCCCGACAGGAAGGAAGAGUCAUUUUAACCUCUGGACUCCCAUAUCAGACUCUGCAGUCCCAGGUAGCAGAAGGAAGGUGUUUCUCAGUGAACAGCUCAGAAAAGCCAAAAGAACAGGCCCUGCAGGUGCUGAAGUACUUCAAUGUUCAAGUAUCCCUCUCGGAUAUCUUCAGCCGCUGCCAGGUCAGCGCUUAAUGAGCUGGAGAAGCCCAUGCUGAGAGCCUGACACAAGUAAGGGCUUGAUGUCCCUCCUGGGGGCAGGCGUGGAGGAGGUGGAGGAAGAGCCAAGUGCCAGGUCUCUGCCUCAGCAAGUGCUAAACUGGAUCAUCCCAGACCAUGGGGCCCACAUUCCUGAGCUGUCCUGCGGGCUGGGGGACACAGUGGUGUCCCCAAACCCCCAUCUGCUUACGUGCUUUGAACCCCCAGUUGCAUAGUAUGUUUUCUUUCUGGUUACUUGAUUUGUCAGGGUAAUAUGAAUUCCUCGAGUUCCUAGUUGCAUGGUUCCACAAGCGCUCACUGAUUGCUUGAGGAGGAUCGAGUGGGCUUUGGUUGAUGUAGCUGGAAAGCAUUCACUGUUAUAAUGGGAGAAAUCCUCAUGUCACUGAUGACCCCAGGAGGAUCCUGUGCUUAUCCAUAUGACAGCACAGCUCAGUGUCAGAGCACUUCCCGUUCUGCAGACUUCAGCUAAUCUAUUUCCUAAUCCUUUGAGCUGAGCUCGUGAAGUUAAUGGGAGUUAUUGGAAAGCAUAAGGAGGAGUAUGCAGGCUAAUAGCCUUAGAGCAGAACUUUUAAUACCUGUUCAUUAAGGAGCAGCAUUGUGUUGUUUAGGAAUGUCUUUUUAGGCAAAUUUUUAAAUAUUCUAUAUUUUACUUCUUAACCUCUGUAUCUAUAUUGAAUAAGUUUUAGGGGCUGGUUAACAGUGAUCCUACUUAAUUGCAACAUGAGGUUAAACACUCAGCUGUCCAGCUAGGCCACUGACUCCUGUGCUGGCAUUGCUUGUGCCUUGGGUUUUGCUGUAAAUCGACAUUGAGUCCAAGAAGGGUUAAUAACAGAUGAAAUGGCACCAGUCCCCUUCCGUGGGUUUGUGCUUCAUUUUACUGGUUUAGUGGCAGACUUGUGAUGGGUUUGGGUUGUUGCUGUAUUGUAAGGAGGAGCUUGGGGCAAGGGGGGGUUCAGCUGGACUGGGACAGGGGGUGUCCCUCCCAGCAGAGCAGUGUGCCUGGCUCCUGCUCCCAGCCCCUCCAGCCCCACAAGCCCACAGUUACUCUGUGAAACCAUUCAGUUGGCUUUGGCUGAUUUAAAAAUAAAAACU